AUGACGAUACUCUACGAUGACCUGGAUUGUACUUUAGUUGUCCAGCAGUUGAUGGCUGUUAUGAUAAGUCAGCAUGAAAUGCUAUUUCCUAAAGAUGGAGAUAACCAAAUUCAAGUUGGACAGGAGCUCAGCAACAACAACAAUGAAAUACAAAAGAAAAAUGUAUUAGGUCAGAUUCAGAACAAAAAGAAUAACAAUACUAAUGAUACUGCUGUAAGAAGGUGCUCAUGGGAAAAGGUUGAAACUUCACAAAGGUCUUAUGUCGAGAAUGGUUCCCCUACUGCUCUGCCUGGGAGUAAAUCAAACAGUCCAAGAAACAGCACUCACAAACUUGAUGUCACAAGAAGCCCACCAUUAAUGGUAAAAAAAAAUCCAGCAAUUAACAAAGGCAGUGGGAUUGUAACCAAUGGAUCGUUCAGUAGCUCAGUGGAUGCCCAUGAUAAACAUCAUUCUUUAACUAAUGGAACAUUACAAUCUAGAAGAACAUCAUCUCUGAAAAGCUCUGUUACCAAAAUGGGUACCCAUAGUGUACAAAAUGGUGUUGUGAAAUUGGGAGUUUCAAGCACAUAUACCCUUAGCCAUUCUUUAAACACUCGAACAGCAAGCUGGUUGCCAAAUGGUUAUGUUACAAUGAGAGACAAUAAACAAAAGGACAAUGAAUAUGUACAGCAACACAGACUAUUUACCUACGAUAAUGUUCAUCAACAGUUCUCCAUGGCAAACUCUGAUGACAAACAAAGCAUUGACAGUGCAACUUGGUCUACAUCGUCCUGUGAAAUUUCCCUUCCGGAAAAUUCCAUUUUCUGCUCUUCCGCAACUACCUGUCCAGAGCAGGUAUUUUAUGGGGGAAAUUUUGAGGAUCCCAUUUUAGAUGGGCCUCCUAAUGAGGUCACUACUAAUCCGACAGAUUUUGAAAGCAAAUUUAACCGAGGAAGUGCUGGUUGUUGCAGUAGUAGAGCAACCAGCAGCAGUAACAACAGUGAAACCUUUGUUUUAAAUAAUACCAGCAGUCACAGUGCUCUUAAUAGCCUUGUAUCCAGUUUAAAGCAGGAAAUGUCAAAACAAAAAAUGGAGUAUGAGACAAGAAUAAAAAGCUUAGAACAAAGAAAUGCCACUCUUGAAACAGAAGUGCUGAGUCUGCAAGAGGAACUACAGCAGGAAAAAAAGAAAUACACAAUGAUAGAAAUAAAAAUGAGGAACGCAGAACGUGCCAAAGAAGAUGCAGAGAAGAGAAAUGACAUUGCAGAAAUAGAUGGAGCAGUUCUUCUCUACCUUUGGGGACUUGACAGUGGAACCCCGUAGACCAGAUAGAGGGAACACAAUAUGGAUCCAGUAAAGUGACUUAUUAUGUAGCUUUUGGACUUUUAUGGUAAGAGUUUUAAUCAGGUGGCUGGUCACCUGAUGAGGUUAGCAUUUGACUGAUUUCUAUAAUUUUGCGAGGGGAAAAUAAUAUGAACAAUUAAUCACAUUAUCAGCAGAACUAAAUCAAUUAUACUAUAAUCCUACUAUGAAGUGUUACAACUGGAUAUGUGUAUAUAGAAAAAGUGUUGUUAAAAAUAACUGAAUUAUAAUAAUACAAGUCUUGUAUUUAAACUGGCAGAUUGAAAUGUUGUUGCAGUCAAGCUUCAUAUGAAGUCUAUAUAUCCUUGCUCUUAAUAUAUAACAUAACAUAUUUUUGCGCGUUGUCCUGCCAUAAGCUUAGUUUGUACAUUAACUGUUCUUUAUUCUUAAUUUGAAAGGGAAUGAACAUAAAAAAAAUUCUAGGAUGAUACGUUGUGGCGUUGUUUGUACCAAUCUUUCUGCCUAUGACCAAAAGAAACUGUAUAAGGUAUUAAACAGCAAACUAUUCCGAAUGUUUAAACCAAGUUUUCUCUUUUAUUUUUUUGAAACAUCUGUAUAAUUAAAUAAAGAAAACACCUGAGAUAAUAUUCUGUUCUGAUUCAUGAAAUAACCAUAGCUGGCACUGGUGAGGGUGUAGAAUCCUCUGGGUAGAA